UCAAAGAGAAGAAGAAGUGAUAUCACAUGGAUUCCAUUUCUAACCUUCCGCUUCUCGAGAUCGCAGGCGAAGACGAUUCGUUGCUGUUCGAUGUUUCGGCAGCGUCCACCGACGUUUUCUCUUGCUCCCCUCUCCUUUCCCUCGGAUCUAAUCCUCCUCAAUCCGAAGGAAGAGAAGGUGGCGGGGGUGCGGAUUCUGCAACUCCGAGUUCCUCGCUCGGUGAGAAUGCGAACAAAGAGAACGCGGAUUGGAACAAACCACAGAAGCUUAGCGUGGAGACUCAGAAGAUGAAGAGGAAGAAGAGAGGAGGCGGUUACAACUUGCGCAAGAGCUUGGCGUGGGAUCGAGCUUUCUUCACCGAACAAGGUGUUUUGAAUGCGGUGGAGCUUUCUAUGAUUAGUGGCACGGUCUCUGCUAAGUCAGGGUUGAAUCUGGAAGCUAUCCAAGAAGAAGAGCCCGUUGGCACUUCGAUAGAGUUGCAGGAAAUUGAAGAGAAUUUGUUUAUGCAUUCAUCAGAUGCUCUUCCCGUUAAAGAUAGAAAAAUUGGCUUAUCUCCGAAGCCUGGUGCAUUGGCUAAAGCUUCUCCGGCCCCGGUUUCCUUGGCAAAGAGGAAAGUACUUACUGUCAAUGAUACUGUUGGGAAUAGAGCAAAACGCAAUGCUUGUCCGCGGUUGCCAGUAGCUUCGUCCUCACUAAAAAGACCUGACACAAAGGCACCGAGUAAAGAAUUGAAAGUCAAUAGGAUACCUGGUCCAAAAUUAAAUGUGUCUGCUACUGCAACAACUGCUAGGAGUGGAAUGUUGACCUCAGGUUCCUCAAAGAGUAAUCAGAAUGGUCGUCCUAUUCCUGCCACUAAUGUGCAGAGGCAUGCUGGAGUAAAAGGCCUAUCAAAAAAUCCUAAAAUUGCUCCAAGUAACCCAAAAGUUGGCCUGGCUGACAAAUGUUCAGUUACUAGAUCACUUGCCAAGCCGGCUGUGAAACAUUUGGAUAACUCAGUUUCAGAAACACAUCCACCAUCCAGAAUGCAUCAAUCAGGAACUGAAGCAAAUAAGGUUUCAGAAGCUUAUCUCCCACAAGGUGCUUCUGACAUUGGUGAGAAAAAGCAACAGACACAGUUUCAACCAACAAAAUUGUCAGGCCUACGGAUGCCAUCUCCCUCAUUGGGAUUCUUUUCUCUAUCUCAGGCAAAAGCUCCCAGUUCACGUAGCCAAUUGCAGAAAAGUUCUAAACCUUGCAAACCUUCUAACAGUAACAUUCCUAAAUUACAGAAUUUAGAAACAAUUUCUGUUAAUGAGGCAAGACUACCGCAUGCACCUGGUGUAAGGUCUGAAAUUAUCAAAGGAGCAGCCAAGAAUUGCAUUGAGGAAUUAAGCCUUUUAAAUGUAAAGUCAGAAGCAAGCAUGCAAGUGGAUAAUAAGCGGAUGGCUGGUGUAGAAGUGGAAUAUGAUUCUAUGGGUUCUAAAAAAGUAACAAAGCAAGAAAAGGUUGAAAGCAUUCUUGAACAUGUCAACAAAAAAUCCAAGGAAUGGGGAGAACUACAUAGAAAUGAGAAUGAUUCUAGUGUGGAGGAUGUGGUAUUCCCUAGACAUGAAACGAAGCUUCUUUCAAAGAGUGAUACCCAAGAGCAGUUGGAGAAAGAAGUUGAGCACCCUGAUGUUUUGUCAAAUGGGUAUCGAUCUGUAUUUCAAGAACCACAGUCUAUGCAAUAUCAUGGCAUACAGAGAACUUCAACAGUGAAAGGUAGUAUUACAAAUACUGUGCAUAAUGCCAUGGGACAAGAUGAAGAUGAACAAAUCAAACUUCUUGGUUCUGAUGUUCUUACUUUAAAUGAAACUUUGGUGCCACAGGAAAAGCAUGAAACUUCUUAUAAGCAUAGUAGACUUUCUGGAGAGUUAAAGGAAUACAGUAGUGUCAAGACUGCCCUUAUAAAUUCUGGUCUUAAUGGCUUUCGUGAAACUGCUUUACCUACACAAGAAAUCCACUUUAAGAAUACUGAACAGGUAAAUGGUAGUGGUGCUGAUUUUGUUACAAGUGGAGGAGAUGCACAAGUGCAUUUAUUGGACAGGAAUCCCUCAGUCGAUUGCAAUGAAACCACCACUGAAAGUAAUUUAGAGGCAGUUAAUCAGCAGUUACCAGGGGAACAACUCAAGACUACAAGUACUAGAAUUGAAGGAGAAAUUAAUUCAAAAGGAAAUGAAUCUCAUGUAAACAGUUGUCAGCCAGUUCAUAUAAUAUCUUCCAAAGGUUCUCCACAGAAGUCUGUGCCAGAAAUUAACUGUCCUGCUGAAAGUGAACCAAAAAUAGCUAAAAUUGAAGACUGCCCGUUUCCUGUAGAUGAUCAAUCAGGUUUCAUUCAGACAAGACCAGUUUUGGAAGGAUGUGAAAAGGUUAUUGACUCAAAAGCAAUUCAUGAUAGUACUCAAGUGUUUGAAUUGUAUAGGUGGAGUAAAGAUUGCUUAACUGCUUCUGCAACUGCUUGCAACACUGAGGUGGGCAAUGUUUCUCAGGAAAUCAGACCUUUUCAUGAGAAUAAUCUAGAGAAUCUCCACUUUUCAUUCCAACAAUCUCCUAUGGAAAAAGCUGAUUUUGAUUCUAGUGAGAAUGAAAUGUCAACUGAUAACUGCUGUAUGAUUUCUGAGUUGCAGUUUAGAGACAAGGGUUGUUCUACGGAUGCUUCAAUGCACUAUGAUGUUCUUCAUGAAGAUGAGAAUUUGGUGCUAAACAAUGAUCACUUGAUUGAUCAGAGUGAAUUUUCUGAAGUAUCUGCAGAUUUCAUUUCAAACACCAAAGAUUCUAUUGGUAGCGGAGCUGAAAAUUCCUCUGGCUGUUUACAACAUACACUAUUGGCUCAGUUAGUUCAAGAAGUUGACCGCACUAACAGAGAGAUUGAAGAAUCAGAUGUGGAAGAUGCACAAGUACAGUCGGCAUACAACUGCAACAAUUCCGAGAAUGUUAAUAGCGUACUACAUUUGAAUGGUGACUGGCUGCCCACAAAUAUUGCUUCUUCUGAAAAAAUAAAGAAAACUAAUUUAUUUGAGGGUGUAUUAGAAGGAUGCGAUAUCUACACGAGUGAGCACAAUACUUCCAAUCGUCAAAUUCAGGCUAUGCCUGAAAACAAAGAUGGAAAUCUUGCUGUGGAUGAAAGAGAAGAGCUUUUGCAAAUGGAUAAUGCAAAAGAAGGUUCUUCUGACAUACUGCCAGCAGUUGAAGUUCAACUUGAUGACAAAAUUAUAUCUUCUGAAUGUGAUUCUACUAUACAAGUGAGCAAAGAUUCUCUUACACAUGCAGUUGCUUGGAAAUCUGAGGAGCGUUGUGCUUUAAGUGAAAGUUCAAAUUUUCCAGUUUCGGAUAAUCUAACCUUCAACACAAUAAUCCCACAGGUCUGUGAAAUUAGCUCAUUGAACAGUGAAACACUUUCAGAUGAGUUACCUAAUACCGACAUGCAGCAUCAAUCAGAAGGAGGCAUUUAUUUUGCAGAAGACAGCAACAAAAUAAUUCCUUUGCACAAAUCUGUGCCUAAAAGCCAGCAGGAAGUUCCUACAGUGAAGCCUCCACCGAAUGCUGCUCCACUUUCUGAUGAAUGCUUAGCUGCAAUUGAAGCCACUGGAGAGUUGAAUCAAAAUUCCCCCAAUGGAGGUUGGCCAGAAACUGGUUCUGCAACUGCUUGUGACACUAAGGUUAGCGAUGAUGGUUCUUCUAGGGAUGCUUCAAUGCACCAUGAUGUUCAAUGUGAUGUCCCUGUAAACUUUGAGCAACAAACUAGCAUGAUUAUUUAUUCUAAAGCUAAUGAAAUGCUUUGUGAAUAUGAGAGCUUAUUGCCAAAUAGUGAUCAUUUGGUUGAUCAGAGGGAAUUUCGUGAAGUAUCUGCAGACUUCAUUUCAAACACAAAAAAUUCUAUUGGUAGUGGAGCUGAAAAACCCUCUGGCCAUUUACAACAUGCACUAUUGGCUCAGUUUGUCCAAGAUUUUGAUCACAAUAACAGAGGUAUCGAGGAAUCACAUUUGGAAGAUGCACAAGUAUCUGCAGAUUUAAUUUCAAACACGAAUGGUUCUAUUAAUAGUGGAGCUGAAAAACCCUCUGACCAUUUACAACAUACACUGUUGGCUGAGUUUGUCCAAGAUUUUGAUCACAAAAACAGAGAGAUUGAGGAAUCACAUUUGGAAGAUGCACAAGUGCAGUCAUUUACUGAAAAUCCAGUGGCAUUCAACUGCAACAGUAAACAUUGUCUUGCUGUUACUAAUGAUAAGUUUCCUUUGGAAGAUAAUAAUACAAAUGAAGAUUUUGAUCUUUCUGAUUUUGAAAGGUCUAGUGCUGUUGUUGUAGAUUCCCAGAAUGUUGAUAACAUACUGCAGUCAGAUCUUGAUUGGCUGCCCACAAAUAUUACUUCUUCGGAAGAAAUCAAGAAACCAAAUUUAUUUGAGGGUGCAUUAGAAGGACGUGAUAUCCAUACAAGUGAGCACAAUGCUUCCAAUCAUCAUAUUCAGGCUAUGCCUGAAAACAAAGAUGGAAAUCUUGACGUGGAUGAAAGGGCAGAGCUUUUGCAAAUGGAUGGUGCAAAAAAAGGUUCAGACAUAUUGUCAGUAGUUGAAGUUCAACUGAAUGAUAAAGUUGCAUCUUCUGAAGGUGAUUCUUCUUUAGAAGUAAGCAAAGACUCCCUUACAGAGGUAGUUGCUUGGAAAUCCGAUGAGCAUUGUUCUUUAAGUGAAAGUUCAGGAUUACAAGCUUUAGAUAAUCUAACCAUCAACACAAGAAUCCCACAGGUCUGUGAAGUUAGUUCAUUGAACAGUACAAGAUCUUCAGAUGAAGUUGAAACUAAUAUCUUUGAGGAAGAUGGGUUUCCUAAUUCCGACAUGAAGCUCCAGUCAGGAGACAUUUUUUCUGCAGAAGACAACAGCAAAAUAACUCAUUUGCAGAACUCUCUGACUAAAAUCAAGCAGGAAGUUCCUACAGUGAAGCCUCCACCAAAUGUUGCUCCUUUUUCUGACGAAUGGUUAGCUGCAAUUGAAGCCGCUGGAGAGGAGAUUUUAACGAUAAAAAGCGGUGCUGUGCAAAAUUCUCCCCCUGACAAGCCCCAGCAUGAACCAAGUCCUUGGUCCCCGGUGAGACGAAAGAAUCAAUCGAUUGGACCCUUUGAUUGUACGAAACACAAUAUCCAGCAUUCCAGUUGAUGAUGGAUAAACUAGGAUAUAAUCCUCAUUAAUCACUAACCAUUUUUUCUUUUGCUUGAUCCAACCCUUCAGCUUCAAGUUAGAAGACGUUGUACGGAGCAAAGUACGACGUAGAUAGAAUUGCCUGUUGCCAUAACUAUGCCUUGCCUUACUCCAAAGAGACUAAAUGAAUAAAUAAAUAAAUGAUUGUUCUCAAAUUGUAAAUGUGUAAUAGUUUUUUACUUUAUGGAAUUCUAGUUUUCAAAGAUUUCUACGAGGUAUUAGAUGUGACUUUAUAGUUAAGGCAAAACAAAAUAAUUGUUUCUACUUUUCUAUCAUCAUGAUUUUCUGGGCUAGAAUUGAUUCUUAAGUGACGCUACAACCUACAGUGUCAUAAACUUUAGUUCUUUUGUCACAUUUAGAAGAUACAAUAAUGUUGAAUGUAUUUUAUAUUUCCCUAUGUUAAGUCUUUUUGUUUUUAAUGAAAUUU